AUGGACUCACAACGUUGGAACGCAUUGAAUGUGUUGAAGGGUGAAAUUCAUGACAAAUGUGUCUAUUAUGAAUAUAUUGAUCAAGAAGACACUUCUCUCGCCGAUUUUAUUGUGGAUAUCAUUCAAAUGGGCAAAUCGUCUGAAGAAGUUUCUGCAGAAUUGAGUGCUUAUCAAAACCUCACGCAAUGGAUGUUUGCUCGAUUGGAAGAAUUGAACAAACCAGUAGUUUCCACCGAGAUCCAUCAUAAUGAAUCAGAAACGAAUGGACAUACUGAAGAUAAUAAUAUGAACUCAACAACAGCAUUAGAACCAAUAACAACAACCGAAGAAGAAGCAGCGGCAUCAGAAAGACGGAAAGCAAGAAAGAACCGAAUGUUCACUAAAGCACUUACCGGAUUAGGAGAACGCCAAUCAUCUCACCAGCAGCAUCAACAACAAGACUCCUCCAUGUAUAGAACAUCAACAAUUCAACGACCGGCUUUGAAUCGUGAACAGCAUGGUGAUCAUUAUUAUCGUCAUGAACGUGGACGUCCUAGAUCUAGAUCUCGAUCUCGAUCUCCUAUACGACAAAAAGAACGAAUCGUUCACCGAGAAAUGAAAAAAGAUUCUAUAUUCUCAAGACUAGGAAAACCAUCAAACGAAUCACCCAAUGGAUCUCCUUCUGUGUUUGAUAGAUUAGGUAUCAGCAAACCAGAAACUGUCAAUGAUGAAUCCGAAGUAAAACGAUGUAAAUUCUGGCCUUCUUGUGAUAAAGGUGAAUAUUGUCCUUUCUUCCAUCCUGAUACCCUGUGUCCUGAUUUUCCUAAUUGUCCCAAGAAAGCGAACGAAUGUAUGUUUAUUCAUCCACAAACUCCUCAGAAAAAGCAACGCCCCAUCACUGAUAGUACAUUGACAGAAAAAGCGAUUCCUUGCCGUUACUUUCCUCAUUGCAACAAUGAUCAAUGUCCUUAUUUCCAUCCUCCAGCUGUACCAUCUUUCUAUGAACCUUAUCCAACUUUUUCACCUUAUCCAACCUAUCCAUCCUAUCCAUCGGCUCCCAAACGUGUUCCAGUACCUUGCAAAAAUGGUGAACAUUGUACUCGACCUGAUUGUCACUUUUUACAUCCAAAAGACGAGAAUCCAAAUGAAAUCAUUUGCAAAUUUGAUGGUGCAUGUACUAGACCUGGUUGCUUUUAUAAACAUACUGCUCAAUCUACUGUAGAAUUUGGCAAGCCUCACAACAAAUCACUGGUGGUGAAUCAUCCGACCAAAAGCGAACGUGGAUUUGCUAUAACCGAUGAUAAUCAAGUAGAAAAAAUGACAGUGGGUGAAAGUGCCGAUCUUAUCAAGCAACAACCUCAAGAUGUAGAAAUGGAUUCAUAA